UUUAUUUCAAGGCUUUAACACGACAAAGAGAUCAGUAAACACAUCAACUAUUUAUCUGUUAGCUGCUCUUUGACUAUCUGUUUCCCAAAGAGAGAGUAUUGAUUCAAUAAUAUCCAUGGAGAACAACAACCCUAAUGAUUCCUCGAGACCAGAUAGAAAACUCAUCGAGAGAGACAGGAGAACUCGCAUGAAAGCUCUCUGUUCCGAGCUCCAUGCUCUCUUACCCCAUCAUAAACCUAGGGAGCCAACAACACUGCCAGAGCAGCUUCAAGAAGCAGCAAAAUAUAUAAAAAAGUUGCAGACAGAUUUGGAGAGAAUGAAGCAAAAGAAAGACAGCUUAAUGGGAGUUGAAAGGUGGAAGAAUACAACAACAAGCGGCAGGAGUAAUGAACCGAAAUCUCCUGAAAUCCAAAUUCAUGAAAUGGGUUCAUCGUUGGUGAUCGGGUUAACAACCGACACCAACAGUAGUCGAUUUAUUUUUAAUCACACAAUUCGUAUUCUUCACGAAGAGGGAGCCGAGAUUGCAAGUGCCAGUUUCUCUGUCGUUGACGAUACUGUUUUCCAUACUAUACAUCUUACGAUUGGGGAUGAAUCGGCACCAGAUUAUGAGGCUGCUUCCAGGAUAUCAGAGAGACUGAACAAGUUUGUCGAUGCUGCUGCUGAUGCAUGA